AUGGGAACGUCUGGUUGGCGCGAGCAAUUGAUUCCUGCAGCACUUGAAGCACUGAAACUGCGCGCAAGGUCCUUAGUGCAGGUGUUCCGAGGGUUGCUGCGUCAGAGUGCUUCUGAAGCCGACGAGUUCCCGAAGAAAGCACCUGGUCGUCUACAAGUCGACGACCGGGGUGAGAUUCUCACGCCUCCGUGCCAUCGACGUAGAGAUCCUGGAAAUGCCCAUCAAAACCCGUUUCGCGGUAUUGCAAUUGUGUUAGCAUGCUGCCGCGGCCGCCAAGGCGUUCGAUACCGGCUUACAGCCAGUCCCCAAGACACGAUGAGUUUAGGAAAAGCCUCAAAGAAGAGAGAGCAGACCAGCAACGCCACGCCAGGAUUGACGUCGGCCGAGCAAGCGAUGUCAUCGGAGCUCAAGGGUCCCAAAAACGCCAUGCUCAAGGAACUGUCAGUGGUGGCAUCGGUUCAAGGCGCGUUUGAGAAAACGGAGGACCAUCUGCGUGGUCUGCAUCGCGCCACCGCGGUUAUUAGGGAGACGUCUGCUCAGCUGUCAAACCGUCUAGUGGGGGUUUGA